GGCACUGGGGAACACCUCGUCGGGAGAUAGGCGCUUAUAAAUAGGGCGCCGGGGAUGGGAGUGGGGACACGGGCGGCGGCGGGCUGACGGCGGCGGGGAGCGGCUGCGGGACACGGGCUUCCCCACGGGAAAGCAGGAGCCGAGGCACGGCGGAGGGCAGCCGGUGCGCCUAGCGAGGAGGAGGAGGAGGAGGAGGAGGAAGAGGAGGAGGUCGGCCCCGCCGUCAUGAUGCAGAUCUGCGACUCGUACAGCCAGAAGUACUCCCUGUUCAACGCCAUGAACCGCUUCAUCGGCGCCGUCAACAACAUGGACCAGACGGUGAUGGUGCCCAGCCUGCUGCGCGACGUGCCGCUGCUGCUGGAGGAGCUGGACGCGGCGGGCGCCGUCUGCCCGGAGCGGGAGGCCGCGCUGCCGACGGGCAGCCCCGGCGCCUACUUCUCCCGGCGGGACAUGUACAGCCACUACGUGCUGCUCAAGUCCAUCCGCAACGACAUCGAGUGGGGCGUGGUGCAGCAGCCGCCGGCCGCCGACGAGGCCGCCCGCAAGAAGGACAAGCUGGGCGGCGGGCCGGCCGAGGAGGGCGAGGCGGAGGAGGACCUGGAGCAGCAGUUCCACUACCACCUCAGCGGCCUGCACACGGUGCUCUCCAAGCUCACCCGCAAGGCCAACGUGCUCACCAACCGAUACAAGCAGGAGAUCAGCUUCGGCAGCUGGGGGCAGUGAGGGUGGGAGCGCGGGGCGGGGGACGGGGGGGAUGGGACGGGACGGGACGGGGGCGGCGGCGGGAGCGGGGUUCCCUCCGCAGGGCCCCCCCCUUGUUUUGCACUACUUUCGUAACGGGGGUGGGGUCUCCCCGCGUGUUCCUGGGACUGCAGUCGUUUUUACCAACGCACAAACAGAGAGAGAGAGAGGUGUAAAUUAAUCGAUACUAGUUUAUUAAUUUUUUUUUCCUUUUUUUUUUUUUUUUUUGUAUGGUGUGGGGCGCGCUGUGCCUCUCCGGGCAGGGAGGGUGAAUUUGUACGUGUAUGAGCGGGUUGCAUAGCUGGCCGGUCUGAGGCUGAAGACAAGCCGAUGAAAAUAACGAGACCGGCUUAAAAUUGCUCGUCUUACCCGGGACGGGACCCGGUGGACUCGCAAACACCCCAGUUCACUGGGAGGAUGAAGGGUGCCACGGUUGUACAUGUACUGAAGCCUAUUUAAAACUUUUUUACUCAGAUGUAGAGUAUAUUCUAAAAUAAAUGCAAAUGUAUUGACUAAAAGUGACUUAACUUUUUGGUAUGAUUUAUGUUUCAUUAAUUAAAUGAUAUUUUUAACAUCUGAAAUUCAUCUGUUGUUCUUAUUUCUGGCACUGCCUUAAUAGACACAGAAAUCUCUGUGUGUGUAAGAGAUUUGUUGGUUGGUUUUUGUUUUUUCUUUUUCCAAAGGGGGUGAUGAGGUAGCGAUGGUAACUCGGCAGAUCUAAAACUGGCAAAUGAGUGAAUUGAGCACACCGUACGCGUCCCGAAUGCUGGUCAGCUAUUCCCAACCAAGUCGUGCAGAGGUUCUGUACGAGCAGGAGCGUGAAGGUCAGCGCCUCUUUAACAAAAUCUGAGAAGAUCGAGUCAUGGCUGCUUGCAGGCAGCGAUUCAUGGGGGCUGGAGCGGAGCCUAGGAAUGACUCUUGCUUUUUUUCAGGAGGUAUCUGAAUGUACCGCGGGCAGCGCUUUUCUCUGCCUCAGAAUAGGUCUGGGACGCUUGCCUCCCCCGUCUCCUGCAUCGCCUCCUCUCCUCCGCAGCCCUCUUCGGUAACUAGAAGUUAAUUGGUUUUAUGUUAUGCGAAUCGUAUCGAUUUCAUUUUCUGUGUUCUUUAUUAUUCCAUUUGCUGAAGUAAAGUGCCUCAGAAUUGGGUCUUCAUAUCAUGUUUGCUGUUCAGGCUCGACCUCGAACCUGAACAGAAAGUCAGCUCGCGGAACUACAGUGGCCACGUGCAAACCAGUGGGAUAUACAGACGCAUGGCGAGAAGCGGUUGUAGUUUUUAGCUCGCUGAAAUUAAAUAGGCCCGAUAUACAGUAAGCCAGACAUUAGCAGAGUAAUAAAUAAUGAGAUUCAGAACAGUUUGCACUCACGAAUUGAUUACAGCCGAAGGGAUCUUACAGCCAAGGAGCCUCAAGGACAUUCCUCACGGGAUGCAUCAGUUGGCACUUGCACCAAGACACACGAGUCAUCAGUAGCUCCAGCGAAAGAUGCACUACCAUCAGCGGCCAGAUGGAAGGUUAUAUUAGGACGUCAUUAUUAUGGAGUUAAGAUCUGCUCCCUGUUCUACUAGAAGGAGAAAAAAAAAAAAGAUAGGAAGCUUCUCCUCUUUGUGCCUGUUCACUUGGUGCACAGCUUAUCUCUCUGCGGACAAGUCUGCAGCGAUUUCUCCCACAGACUUACUUCCCUGAAGCACUGAGUAUGGGAGGGGAUUGUCUGGAAGCACUGCUUUUUAUUAUUUAUAUCUUGCUAACAGCAUGCUAGGUACUAUAUUCCAAAGAGCUCAAGGAUCUUACAUGAUGAUAUGCACAGUUUAAAGAAAAGUAAAAUAAAAGAUCUUGUUGGAUUAUAA